AGCGUCCGGUUGCCGCGGCAGCAUGGAAUAGCAGCGGAGAGCUCACAAGAGAGAGCCGGAAGGGAGCCGCGCAGAAGUCCGGGGCUUGCUUGAUUUGUAGGGCGGCGGAAGAGGUCGGUUGCAAGCAGAGAAACCCGAAGAGAGCGGGAGGAAAAGGCUCCUUGGAAUCCGGCUCUCCCCAGCCCUCCAAGGCAGGCGACGCAAGUGGAAGCCGGUACAAGGAAAGCGCCUUCGCCUUGCCGGUGCGUGGGACGUGGCGCGCCUGCAAGCGGUGGGCGAGCCCGGCGCCUAGAGGAGAGCUUCGCCCGGCUCGCUCCUCGCCACGGUGCCCUAUCGCAAGGCGGAGGCGGCGGCGGAGCGCGGCGGCGGAGCAGACGCCUCGAGCUCCCUGUUGGAGCGGCCUCCCCAAGCGGGCUCGGCGACCCUGGCCAUGGCGGCGAUCCGCAAGAAGCUGGUGGUGGUGGGCGACGGCGCGUGCGGCAAGACGUGCCUGCUGAUCGUCUUCAGCAAGGACGAGUUCCCGGAGGUGUACGUGCCCACCGUCUUCGAGAACUAUGUGGCCGACAUCGAGGUGGACGGCAAGCAGGUGGAGCUGGCCCUGUGGGACACGGCCGGCCAGGAAGACUACGACCGCCUGCGCCCGCUCUCCUACCCGGACACCGACGUGAUCCUCAUGUGCUUCUCGGUGGACAGCCCGGACUCGCUGGAGAACAUCCCGGAGAAGUGGGUGCCCGAGGUCAAGCACUUCUGCCCCAACGUGCCCAUCAUCCUGGUGGCCAACAAGAAGGACCUGCGCAACGACGAGCACGUGCGCAACGAGCUGGCGCGCAUGAAGCAGGAGCCCGUGCGCACCGACGACGGCCGCGCCAUGGCCGUGCGCAUCCAAGCCUACGACUACCUCGAGUGCUCGGCCAAGACCAAGGACGGCGUGCGGGAGGUCUUCGAGACGGCCACGCGGGCCGCUUUGCAGAAGCGCUACGGCACCCAGAACGGCUGCAUCAACUGCUGCAAGGUCCUAUAACGGGGGGAGGGGCUCGGACUGCGCUCUUGCAACCAUCCGCGACCCUCUCCGGCAUGGAGGGCUCCUGAUCUCCUCGGCCUAGUGGGGGACGUUUGCAGAAGCGUGGCACCCGGGGACUUACCCUGCGCAAGCGCUGUGGACUUGGCUGGACUCGAACUCGGCCGCCGGCGGACUUUCCUGGACCGGGGCGCAGGGUGAGGGAGGGCUUGUUUGUCACCCCACCAGACAAUUGGGAAACCACUCUUUGAAGGGUCUCAAGGCCUCCCUCUCCCUUGCAAAGAGGUCGCGGGCAGGGGAAAAAAGAGACAUUCUUCCCUCCCACUGCUCUUUGGUAUUUCCCUGGAGGGUUUGAAUGGGGGUGGGGAGGGACAUCUGCUGUAAGUGUGUACAUAGACCGUAUUCUCUCGUUUCAGCGGGGUUAAUGGGGGGAAAAAGGUGUGGCCUCUUUAAGAGCGGACUGAUUCUCCACACACCCCACGCUCUUGGGACUGAUUUGCCAGAGGGGAUGCAUCCAACAAUGGUUGUCCCGCCCGUGGGAAGAAAAAGCAGUGAAGGGCGGGGGAGGAAAAAUUGCUCAAACUUCACGGUUUUUGUGCCUGCUCUCUUCGAUUGUCUUUGUUUUUUUAAGGAAAAAAAGCUGCAAAUGAUUCAAUUGGGUUUAUUUUGCCUUUGCAAAAAGAGAGAGUUUAUUUUGCACAACUGGGUGUUUAAUUUAAAAAAGUCGACACUUUAUGCACUUGUAAUCUGCUAUCCAACACUGUAGCAUUACAAGAAAGAAACUUUUCUUAAAUCUUAACCUCAUUUGGGGCGCGGCCCAACUAAGCACUGUUCUGGUGAAGCACUUUGAAAUCCUAUUGAUUACUAAGCAUGGGUGAACUCUGCCAGUUAAUCAGUGGGACUUCUGUGCGUAACCCUGGCAGGAUCGUGCCCUUUGUUUUCUGUUCUUUUGAUUGACUUUAAGCAAAACCACUGAAUUUUUUUUUGUCUUGAGAAACACUGUUUAUUUGUGAUAAGUGCUAAGUGCGGUUUAUUUGGGAUCAUUUUUUAAAAAAACCACAGCACACGUAUUUUUGCAGGUCAACUGUCCAAGAGAAAACUCUUGUGCUUCUUGGUUUUACACAAGACUUCGCUUUUCCCUUUCCCUGUUACCAUUUUUUGCGAUGGUACUAAGGACUUAAAACAACCUGGUUCAAAAAAAAGAUGGGACGUUUACAUGAAACGAUAUAAGCUGUGUAUGCAGUUUUUUUAUGUCAAGUAUUAAAAGAUUCUAUGACUACGUU